AUGGAUGAUUUAAAUGUAGUGCAAGCACACAAUCUACUUGGACAGAAGUCAGCAAUUCCACAAAUAAGAAAAGACAAUGCAUUGACGAAAACUUUACGAUCAUGUUGCAUAAUACCGCAAAGGUACAUAUUGGGCGUAAUGGGGCUUCUUGGGGUUUGCAACGCGUACACAAUGCGCGUGUGUUUAAAUUUAGCAAUAACGCAAAUGGUCAACCACACCAAAAGUGGCGAUGAACAUUUCGAUCCUGACGCGUGUCCCGAAGACGAAGUUAUUGGCAAUGUCACUGCGGCAGAGCGACCUUACGCCACAUUUCAAUGGGAUGAGAAGACUCAAGGGCUUAUUCUGAGCGGUUUCUACUAUGGGUACGCGGCAACGCAAGUCCCUGGUGGCUACUUGGCCGAGCGUUUUGGCGGGAAAUGGACGCUCGGUGUCGGUCUUCUGAGCACUGCAUUGUUCACAUUUCUCACUCCAAUAGUAAUUAGAGCUGGAGGUGCAACGUGGCUUUUUAUACUUCGAGUUCUUCAAGGAAUGGGGGAGGGCCCUACAAUGCCGGCUUUAAUGAUAAUGCUGGCAAGAUGGGUUCCCCCACACGAGCGUUCAUUUCAAGGUGCGCUUGUGUUCGGUGGGGCACAAAUAGGCAAUAUAUUUGGUUCUUUUAUGUCCGGAAUAUUGCUGGCUGACGGUAGAGACUGGGCUUACGUAUUUUAUUUCUUCGGUGGAUUCGGUAUAUUUUGGUUCACUUUAUGGAGCUUGCUGUGCUACAGUACACCAAACACACAUCCGUAUAUAUCCAAAAAGGAGUUGAAUUAUCUGAACAAAAACGUUACAACGGCCGAGAAUAAGACCGCAAAGGAUCCGGUUCCUUGGAAGGCAAUAUUACGGUCAGCGCCAGUCUGGGCGUUAGUGUGGGCCGCUGUAGGACACGACUGGGGCUAUUAUACUAUGGUAACGGACUUGCCAAAGUACUCCCACGACGUGUUGAAAUUUAACAUAGCUACUACAGGUACAUUGACUGCGCUGCCCUACAUUGCCAUGUGGCUUUGCUCCUUCCUAUUCGGUUUCGUGUGUGAUCUAUGCAUCAAGAAAGGAUGGCACACGAUUAAAACUGGCCGCAUCAUUCACACCACAAUAGCCGCCACUGGUCCCGCGAUUUGCAUUAUCCUGGCAUCAUAUGCUGGAUGUGAUCGUACAGCGGCUAUGGUUUAUUUCAUUUUAUCAAUGGCUCUUAUGGGUGGUUUCUACAGCGGGAUGAAGGUUAAUGCAUUAGACUUAGCACCGAACUACGCGGGCACUUUAACUUCGCUUGUAAAUACAACAUCGACCUUCGCCGGAAUUGUGACACCAUAUCUCAUCGGACUAUUAACGCCAGAUUCCACGCUGGUGCAGUGGCGUACCGCUUUCUGGGUAUGUUUCGCGGUGUUGGUCGGGACCAACGUGGUAUACUGCAUCUGGGCUGAUGGACAGCACAGUGGUGGGAUGACG